AUGUUUGAGGGCACCAAGGACUACGAUGAGGCCUUGCGCAUGGAUCCCACGAGUGUCUUGGCCCUGCUUAGAAAAGGGGAGGUUCUAUCAGCUCUCAAAAAGCCCAAGGAAGCCAGGGCUCAAUGGCAGCAAGCGCUGCGCUCAUUCACUGCCAGCGAUGACCUUGCUCUCCUGGAGAGGCUUCAGUCUCUGCUGGACGGUCAGCCGCCCAGGGAAGCUUCCUCAUCUGCACCGGCUGCGCCUGCAGCUGCACCGCUGGUGGCAAAUGGAGUGCAGCCAGCAUGGCAGCAGCCAGAGCAGCGGAAGGCAAAUGGGGCAACCAAGCAGCCGAGUGCUCUAGUCAGGGCCGCCUGCUUGGACCCCGGGACAGGUGUCAGCAUUGCGGUGAGUCAUGUGAAUGAGGGGAAUCUGGCGGCGGCGAUAGACAUCCUGGACCACAUCAUAGCCACCACAAGUGGCGCCCACCUCAGCGGGGCUCAUGUAGCCCGAGGCACAGCCCGCGCCAUGAUGCGUGACUUGAAAGGCGCGAUAGAUGACUUCAGCGUCACGAUAGAGGCUGUGCCGGCGUACGGUGAUGCGUGGAUGCGGCGCGGCCAGGCGCGGGCCGCUCUGGGAGAGGACGAGGACGCCCUUGUAGACCUGGCGCGCUGCCUCCAGCUCAGCGCGACGGAGCCUGCCCGCCAGGCGGAGGCGCGGCUGGAGCGAGGCAAGAUUCUACACAAGCUGCGCGACUAUCGGUCGGCCGUGGCAGAGCUGCAGCAGGCGGUCGACAUCAACCCCAAAUCCCAGCAGGCGUGGAACUUUCUGGGCUUGUGCCAGGUCAGCAUGGGGGAUAUCCGGCCGGGCGCGGCCUGCUACGAGCGCGUGCUGCGAGUGAACCCCAACAGCCUGGAGGCCUGGAUGCACCUGGCACAGGCGCGCAAGGAGGAAGCGAGCGUGGAAGCGGCAGAGGCGGCGUUUGCGCGGGCGGCUGAGCUGGACCGGGACGGAGGGCGCGCCUCUGCGCGGCUGCGCAUGCACGCCCACAUGUGCCAGGGACUUGGGCGCCACCGCAAGGCCGCGAAGCUUCUCAAAGAAGCGCUGGAAGCUUCCUCAAAUCCCGACGCCGUUGUCGAGUGCCUGCACCUGCGCGGGGCGUGCCAUCAUGCAAUAGGCGAGUUCAUAGAGGCGGUGGCCAACUACGAGCGCGCCUUCUCCAUGGAGGCACCAGACCUGGGCGACGACGCUCGUUCGCGACAGUUUCUGUCUUUCUACCAGCGGGAAAUGGCGCUCUACACCCUCAAUAGACUUGACGAGAAUGUCGCAGAGUACUGUGUCGACCGUGACCUGCACCCCAUCUUCAAGGAGCUGUGGUGCAAGAAGAUGCCACCGACGGCGCAGCUGCUGUCGGUGUACCGGCUGCAGCCGCUGCCGCCGGGAGGUCCGCCCCGCGCGCCCCCCGGCCCGGCGCCGGGGGACGUGGAGAGCCUGAUCAGGCGCGCCGACGCGCUGGGGAAGCUUCUGCAGUACUGCCACCAGGGCUUCCUCGCGAAUGCUCGGCAGCAGCGCAUGGCCGGCCUUGCCGUCAUCGAGUUGGCGCAGGCUCUGCGGCACCUGACGGCAGAGCGCGUGGCCGGGCGGGAGGUGCAGGGCCCGGCUGGCGCGAGCGGCUGCGCGGUAAGUCAUCCCUUCGGCUGGCGCGACGCGAUGGACAUCAUUGUCAAGUGGCGCCAGCUGUCCGAGCCCAACGACCAGGCGCGUCCCCUCUGCAUAUUAGUGAUCUGGGUGGAUCUGCUGACGAGGGAGGAGUUUGAGGCGGGCUUUGGGUCGCACACGCCCAUCUUCAGCGGCCAGACCAAGUGCGUGCGCUACUACAUGAACUUCGACCGCGGCUUCGCCCUCCUCAAAUCCAUCCUGGCACAGGAGGGCAGGGCGUUUGACGCGCAGAACGAGGCAAUCCCUCUGGCGGGCGAGCACAAGCAGGCGGAGAUUGCGGACGCGCGGACGGCCGGCGACAUGUGGCGCGCCAUCGGGGCGGACAGCUGGGUCGUCGUGCACAUCGACAGCGCCGCGCGGCCGGGGCAUGCCAUGGAGGGAACGCGGCUCACGCUGGUGAAGCUGCGCAACCAGCCGGACGCGUACGAGUUCUCCAUCAAGACACCCGUCACACCCGCCAGAUGGGACGAGUACGACACGGAGCUGAAUGCGCUGUGGGAGUCUCUUCUAGCAGAGAUGGCGGCAGGGAACGCCCCAGGGCUGGCGCGCGCCGCGCUGACGUUCGCAUACUUCUGGUAUAACUUCAUGCCCCUCGCGCGCGGCACGGCCGCUGCCGGCUACGUGGCCAUUCUCGGCAUCUUCCUCGCUGCCGGCAUGCCCGUAACCUCUCCCAUCCCCAAGACAUAUCAGGUGGAUUGGGAGGCCAUCCUGGCGCGCUCACCAGACCCCUUCAUAGCAUCGGUGUCCCCCUGGCUGUACCCCCCUGCCGCGAGGGGGGAGCCCAGCGCCAGCUCAGAUCCCGGAUUCAAACUCAAAUCGCUGCCGCUCGUGAAAGAAGUCCUCAGCACUGCCCGAAGGCGGCUGGAUGCGCUGAAUGCUCCCUGAUCAGCUCAUGAAUAUUGUGUAAUUUGAUCAGCCUCGUCAGUAAUGCAAAUCGACCAUGGUUGACCUGGCCAGUUUCUCACUACUAAUACAAAAGUUUGAUGGAGUGCUGGCAAUUUAACCUGAAUGCAGUUACUAGGGAUACAUUGCGUAAUAUGAACUCUCUGGAACGAAUCAAUGCAGUUUGCGCACGCGCUUGUGUGCCUCAUAGGAGAGCUCAGUACUUGUAGCACUUGUGUUUUAGUCCGCGCGUUUGAUGGCGGGGCGAUAACAUUAAUUGAUGGUAGAGGGUUUGGGACCGGGACUUGUUUGGGACUCAUACGCAUGUCAGCACAGAGACCUCGAUUGCAAGAUUUUGCAAGAUGCUGUGAGCGUGCAUAUCAUAUGCAGGAUGCUGCUCCCAGGGGCUAUGUAGUAGUAUGUUGAGGCCCUCGCAAGUUUGUCAUGCCACAGAUGCUCACCUGUAAUCUGCAGCUGCUGA